AUGAACACGGUUCUCUUCGUUACGCUCGCUGCAUGCGCAGUGUUCUGCAUCGUUUUCGCUCAGCCUCCUCCUGGAUGUCAACGGCCACCUAAACCAGAAUUCCUCGACAAUGCCAACGAGACCGUUCGCAAAGAAUUUUUCGCCAUCGUUAAAAAACACGGUGUGCCACCAGAGCAGAAGAGGGAACAAGUGCUUAAUUGGGCAAAGAAAUAUGGACUUGAGGUACGGUUUGUCUCAUUCCUCGACUGCUGA